UAGAACUCAUGUGGCGGUUGUGCGGAGAGGAGCCAGAGUUGCAGGUUAUAGCGUCGGAGAGCCGCCUCUUUUCCUAGCGGGAGGGACUGUGAGCAUCAUGGACUUAAAGGACGAGAAGCUUGUGGAAACUGUAUCCCGCUGAUCGCUCUUCAUCUUCAGCUGCGCCUCUGAAGCACACUGAGUGUCACUGUCUCCGUGGUGAAGGCCGAGCCUUGGGUGUCAAAAUGUCAGAUAAGAUGUCCAGUUUCUUACACAUUGGGGACAUCUGCUCGCUGUAUGCGGAAGGGUCCACCAAUGGGUUCAUAAGCACUUUGGGUCUAGUAGAUGACCGUUGUGUGGUACAGCCAGACACUGGGGACCUCAACAACCCUCCUAAGAAGUUUCGAGACUGCCUGUUCAAGCUCUGCCCCAUGAACCGAUACUCUGCACAGAAGCAGUUCUGGAAGGCAGCAAAACCUGGGGGGAACAGCACGACAGACACAGUGCUCUUAAACAAACUACAUCAUGCUGCUGAUCUGGAGAAGAAGCAGAAUGAGUCUGAGAACCGGAAGCUCCUCGGGACAGUCAUACAGUACGGCAAUGUCAUCCAGCUGCUUCACCUGAAGAGCAAUAAGUACCUGACGGUGAACAAACGUCUGCCCGCGCUGCUUGAGAAGAAUGCCAUGAGGGUGACACUGGACUCUGCUGGCAACGAAGGCUCCUGGUUUUACAUUCAACCCUUUUAUAAGCUACGGUCAAUUGGGGACAGUGUGGUGAUUGGAGACAAAGUUGUCCUGAAUCCUGUAAAUGCUGGACAGCCACUGCACGCCAGCAGCCAUCAGCUGGUGGACAACCCAGGAUGCAAUGAGGUGAACUCUGUCAACUGCAACACUAGUUGGAAGAUAGUUCUGUUUAUGAAGUGGAGCGACAACAAGGAGACCAUACUGAAAGGGGGUGACGUAGUCCGGCUCUUCCAUGCGGAGCAAGAGAAGUUCUUGACGUGCGAUGACCACCGAAAGAAGCAGUAUGUGUUCCUGCGGACUACAGGACGCCAGUCCGCCACCUCUGCCACAAGUAGCAAGGCAUUGUGGGAAGUGGAGGUGGUGCAGCAUGACCCAUGUAGGGGUGGAGCCGGCUACUGGAACAGCCUCUUCCGGUUCAAGCACUUGGCCACUGGGCACUACCUGGCCGCAGAGGUGAAUCCAGAUUAUGAGGAAGAGUCGCAGGAGCCUCGAUCUUCUGUAUCUGAUUAUAUCCCCUUUAAUUUCCAGCUGGAUUUGGACCACGAGGCCCUGCGAGCACGUCUUCGUACCCCUCAGGAGAAGGUCAUGUACACCCUGGUCUCCGUGCCUGAUGGCAACGACAUCUCCUCCAUUUUCGAGCUGGACCCUACCACCUUGAGAGGAGGAGACUCCUUGGUGCCCAGGAAUUCCUAUGUAAGACUCCGGCACUUGUGCACCAACACUUGGGUGCACAGCACCAACAACCCCAUUGACAAGGAGGAAGAGAAGCCCGUGAUGCUGCGAAUUGGUACAUCUGCUAUCAAAGAGGAUAAGGAGGCGUUUGCCAUUGUACCAGUUCCCCCAGCAGAAGUGAGAGAUUUAGACUUUGCCAAUGAUGCCAGCAAGGUCUUGGCCUCCAUUGCGGGCAAGCUGGAGAAGGGAACUAUCACACAGAAUGAAAGGAGGUUUGUCACAAAGCUGCUUGAGGAUCUGGUGUUCUUCGUGGUGGACAUUCCCAACAGUGGGCAGGAUGUGUUGGAGAUCAUGGUCAACAAGCCCAACCGGGAGAGGCAAAAAUUGAUGAGGGAGCAGAACAUUCUCAAACAGAUUUUUAAGCUGCUGCAGGCUCCGUUCACUGACAGUGGUGAUGGACCCAUGCUGCGAUUGGAGGAGCUGGGUGACCAACGCCAUGCCCCUUUCCGCCAUAUUUGCCGUUUGUGUUACCGAGUCCUUCGUCACUCUCAGCAAGACUACCGGAAGAACCAGGAGUACAUUGCCAAGCAGUUCCGCUUCAUGCAGAAGCAAAUUGGGUACGAUGUGCUGGCUGAGGACACCAUCACGGCCCUGUUGCACAACAACCGCAAGCUGUUGGAGAAGCACAUCACGGCUGCAGAGAUUGACACCUUUGUCAGUCUUGUGAGGAAGAAUAGAGAACCCAGGUUCCUGGACUACCUGUCGGACCUGUGUGUUUCUAUGAACAAGUCCAUCCCAGUGACGCAGGAGCUGAUCUGCAAUGCAGUGCUGGACCCUACCAACGCAGACAUACUCAUUGAGACAAAGCUGGUGCUCUCCCGCUUUGAGAUUGAAGGGGCAUCAAUUGGGGAGGCCCCUGUGGAGUCCGAGGAGGAUGAGGAAGAGGUUUGGCUCUUCUGGAAGGACAGCAACAAGGAGAUCCGAAGCAAAAGCAUCAGGGAACUUGCCCAGGAUGCCAAGGAAGGGCAGAAGGAGGACCAGGAGGUGAUCAGUUACUACAGGUACCAGCUGAAUCUAUUUGCUCGCAUGUGUUUGGACCGCCAGUACCUGGCUAUCAACAAGAUCUCGGGCCAACUUGAUGUGGACCUUAUCCUGCGCUGUAUGUCGGACGAGGACCUGCCAUAUGACCUCCGAGCCUCCUUCUGUCGCCUUAUGCUCCACAUGCAUGUGGACCGAGAUCCCCAGGAACCAGUUACGCCUGUCAAGUACGCCCGUUUGUGGUCUGAGAUCCCCUCAAAAAUCGCCAUUGAUGACUAUGACAAUAAUGGCACCACCAAGGAUGAAAUCAAGGAGCGCUUUGCCCUCACCAUGGAAUUUGUUGAAAAUUAUUUGAGAGAUGUGGUUUGCCAGAAUGUUCCCUUCUCAGACAAAGAGAAGAACAAGCUUACCUUUGAGGUUGUGAAUUUGGCUCGCAACCUUAUCUACUUUGGCUUCUACAACUUCAGUGACCUGCUGAGACUGACAAAGAUUCUGCUGGCCAUUUUGGACUGUGUUCAUGUUACCACCAUAUUCCCCAUCAACAAGCUGGAGAAAGGAGAUGAGACCAAAGGUAGCAAUGUCAUGAGGUCAAUCCAUGGUGUUGGAGAAUUGAUGACUCAGGUGGUGCUGAGAGGAGGGGGGUUCCUUCCCACAACCCCUGCCAACCCACCCGAUGGAGAUGUGGUCAAGACUCAGACUGAGCCAGAGAAAGAGGACAUCCUAGUGAUGGACACUAAGCUGAAGAUCAUAGAGAUUUUACAGUUCAUCCUGAAUGUACGACUGGACUACCGGAUCUCGUGCCUGCUGUGUAUCUUCAAGCGGGAGUUUGACGAGAGUAACUCUCAGUCAGAUGCAGGGUCAGGGAGCAACCAGGAUGGACCCAACAAUAUGCCAGGAUCGUUGAAUUUUGAGAACAUUGAGGAACGAGCUGAGCGGAUCUUUGGGGGAAGUGAAGAGAACACACCCCUUGACUUGGAUGACCAUGGCGGCAGGACAUUCCUCAGGGUUCUGCUUCACCUUACCAUGCACGACUACCCACCUCUGGUGUCUGGAGCUUUACACUUGCUCUUCAGGCACUUCAGUCAGAGGCAGGAGGUGUUGCUGGCCUUCAAGCAGGUCCAGCUCCUGGUCACCAACCAGGAUGUGGAGAACUACAAGCAGAUCAAAUCAGACCUGGACCUGCUGCGCUCCAUUGUGGAGAAGUCGGAGCUGUGGGUCUAUAAGAGGCAGGGUCCCGACGAGGCCAUGGACACAGGGGAUGGCCCCUCUGGGGAUUCCGAGCAGAAGAAGGGAGACUCGAAUACAAGUGGCUCAGACAAAAAGAAAACGGAAAGCACCAGCAGUUACAACUAUAGAGUUGUGAAGGAGAUCCUGCUGCGGCUCAGCAAGCUAUGUGUGCAGGAGGCAUCCUCUGGGAAGAAGAGCAAGAAACAGCAGCAAAGGCUCUUGAGGAACAUGGGGGCCCACACUGUGGUAUUGGAGUUGCUGCAGAUCCCCUAUGAGAAGGGGGAGGACGUCAGAAUGCAGGAAAUCAUGAAGUUGGCCCAUGAGUUCCUGCAGAACUUCUGUGCUGGAAACCAACAGAACCAAGCCCUCCUUCACAAGCAUAUUAACCUGUUUCUUAAUCCUGGGAUCCUGGAGGCAGUCACUAUGCAACACAUCUUCAUGAACAACUUCCAGCUGUGCAGCGAGAUCAAUGAGCGAGUGGUGCAGCAUUUUGUGCACUGCAUCGAGACACACGGCCGUCAUGUCCAGUACCUCAAGUUCCUGCAAACCAUUGUCAAAGCUGAAAACAAGUUCAUCAAGAAGUGUCAGGACAUUGUUAUGGCUGAGCUAGUAAACUCUGGCGAGGAUGUGCUGGUCUUCUACAAUGACCGGGCAUCCUUCCAGACCCUUGUUCAAAUGAUGCGUUCAGAGCGCGAUCGCAUGGACGAGAACAGUCCGCUCAUGUACCACAUCCACCUGGUGGAGCUGCUGGCCAUCUGCACUGAGGGCAAGAAUGUGUACACAGAGAUCAAGUGCAACUCACUACUGCCCCUCGAUGACAUUGUUCGUGUGGUCACUCAUGAAGACUGCAUCCCAGAGGUGAAAAUUGCUUAUAUCAACUUUCUGAACCACUGCUAUGUUGACACUGAGGUUGAGAUGAAGGAGAUCUACACCAGUAACCACAUGUGGAAGCUGUUUGAAAAUUUCCUGGUUGAUAUAUGCAGAGUCUGCAACAACACUAGUGACAGGAAGCAUGCAGACACUGUCCUCGAGCGCUACGUGACAGAGACAGUCAUGGGCAUCGUUACGACCUUCUUCAGCUCCCCUUUCUCGGACCAAAGCACCAGCCUCCAGACUCGACAGCCGGUGUUUGUUCAGCUCCUGCAGGGGGUCUUCAGGGUUUACCACUGCAACUGGCUCAUGCCCACACAGAAAGCCUCAGUUGAGAGCUGUAUCAAGGUGCUCUCUGACGUAGCCAAAAGUCGAGCGAUAGCUAUACCAGUGGAUCUGGACAGCCAGGUGAACAAUCUCUUUGUCAAGUCCAACAACAUUGUGCAAAAGACGGCCCUGAGCUGGAGGAUAUCAGCCCGCAACGCUGCUCGAAGAGAUUCGACGCUGACAACCUCGCGCGAUUACAGGAAUAUCAUUGAGCGCCUUCAGGACAUCGUGUCGGCCCUGGAGGAUCGGCUCCGCCCGCUGGUCCAGGCCGAGCUCUCGGUGUUGGUGGAUGUGCUACACCGACCGGAGCUGCUCUUCCCAGAGAAUACAGAAGCACGGAGGAAGUGUGAGAGCGGUGGCUUCAUUUCCAAGCUCAUCAAGCAUACCAAGCAGCUCCUGGAGGAGAACGAGGAGAGGCUCUGUAUCAAAGUGCUCCAGACGCUGCGGGAGAUGAUGACUAAGGAUCGAGGUUACGGGGAGAAGCUGAUUGCCUUUGAUGAUGAAAUGGAUGUGGCUGAGCUGGCGCCUCCACCUGAACCGGAAGUCCCUGCUGAGGAGUUAGAUCCAAACCAGCCUCAGAAGCAACUGGAGGAUCAGAAAAGGGGCGAAGCACUCAGGCAGAUUCUGGUGAACCGUUACUAUGGAAACUUCAGGCCUGGCGGGAGGAGGGACAGCCUGACCACUUUCAGCAAUGGCCCUCUCACUGCAGGUGGGCAGCCUAAGGCCCAGGCAGCAGGUGGUUCGUCUGGGUGCCUGGGCCAUGGGGAGAUAAGCCUGGCAGAGGUACAGUGCCACCUGGACAGAGAGGGAGCAUCUGAUCUGGUCAUUGACCUCAUCAUGAAUGCCACCAGCGACCGGAUCUUCCAGGAGAGCAUUCUGUUGGCUAUUGCGCUACUGGAAGGCGGGAACCCCACCAUCCAGCGGUCAUUUUACUGCCGUCUAACUGAAGACAAGAAAUCAGAAAAGUUCUUCAAGGUGUUUUACGAGCGCAUGAAGCUGGCUCAGCAGGAGAUCAAAGCCACGGUGACGGUCAACACCAGUGAUCUGGGCAGCAAGAAGAAGGACGACGAGGCCUCGGACAAGGAUGCACCAGCGCGCAAGAAAGUGAAGGACGUGGCCUCUGUGGUGACAGAGGAGGUGCGGGAACAGCUGCUGGAAGCUUCCACUGUCACCAAGAAGGCGUACUGUUCGUACCGGCGUGAUGCCGACAGCGAGGAGCACCUGGUCCCGCCCGACGGGCAGGCCAGCACAGGCGACAAGGGCCAGGAUGAUGGGGAGAUGAGUGUUAUCAUCACCAUCAUGCAGCCCAUCCUCCGCCUCAUGCAGUUGCUUUGCGAGAACCACAACCGUGAGCUGCAGAACUUUCUGCGCUGUCAGAAUAACAAGAACAACUACAACCUUGUGUGUGAGACCCUUCAGUUCCUGGACUGCAUCUGCGGCAGCACGACAGGUGGCUUGGGCCUGCUUGGCCUCUACAUCAAUGAGAAGAAUGUAGGGCUCAUCAACCAGACCGUGGAGAGCCUCACUGAGUACUGCCAGGGCCCUUGCCAUGAGAACCAGAACUGUAUCGCCACUCAUGAGUGCAACGGGAUCGACAUCAUCAUUGCGUUGAUACUCAAUGACAUCAAUCCUCUAGGGAAGAAGCGGAUGGAUUUGGUGCUGGAGCUCAAGAAUAAUGCUUCCAAGCUGCUUUUGGCCAUUAUGGAGAGCCGCCAUGACAGCGAGAAUGCCGAGAGAAUCCUUUACAACAUGAGGCCCAAGGAGCUGGUGGAAGUGAUCAAGAAGGCCUACCUGCAGGGUGAGGUGGAGGUUCCAGAGCCUGAUGAGGAAAAGGAAGGGGAAGAGGAGCACUCUGCCUCACCUCGGAAUGUCGGUCACAACAUUUACAUUCUGGCUCAUCAGCUGGCACGACACAACAAGGAGCUCCAGGCUAUGCUGAAACCCGGUGGCACCUACGGAGAGGGCGACGAGGCCCUAGAAUACUACGCCAAGCACACAGCUCAGAUUGAGAUUGUGCGGCUGGAUCGCACCAUGGAGCAGAUAGUCUUUCCUGUGCCAAACAUCUGCGAGUUCCUGACCAGUGAGUCCAAGCUGCGUGUGUACUACGCCACGGAGCGUGACGAGCAGGGCAGCAAGAUCAACGACUUCUUCCUGCGCGCAGAGGACCUUUUCAAUGAGAUGAUUUGGCAGAAGAAGCUGCGAGCUCAGCCUGUUCUCUACUGGUGCUCCCGUAACAUGUCCUUCUGGAGCAGCAUCUCUUUCAACCUGGCUGUGCUCAUGAACCUGCUGGUGGCUUUCUUUUACCCCCUGGAGGGUGUUCGUGGAGGUACUCUUGAGCCACACCUGUCUGCCCUGCUGUGGACAGCCAUGCUCGUGUCUCUCGCCAUUGUUAUUGCACUGCCGCAACCUCAUGGCAUCCGGGCCUUCAUUGCCUCCACCAUCCUGCGCCUCAUUUUCUCUGUGGGCCUCGAGCCCACGCUCUUCCUGCUCGGGGCCUUCAACCUUUGUAAUAAGAUCAUCUUCCUGAUGAGCUUUGUGGGAAAUCGCGGCACAUUCACAAGAGGUUACAAGGCGAUGAUCAUGGACGUGGAGUUCCUCUAUCAUGUCAUCUACCUGAUCAUCUGCAGUCUAGGUGUGUUUGUCCACGUCUUCUUCUACAGCCUGCUGCUCUUUGACCUGGUCUACAGGGAGGAGACCCUGCUGAACGUGAUAAAGAGUGUAACACGCAAUGGCCGCUCCAUCGUCCUCACUGCUGUGCUGGCACUCAUUCUCGUGUACCUGUUCUCCAUCGUGGGGUACAUCUUCUUCCAAAACGACUUCAUUCUGACAGUGGACAGGAUUCCCAAUAAAACACAGGAGAGCGGAGGCAGUAUGGUGGGGGAGUUCCUGUCUGCUGGAACAUGCCGAAAGGAGAGUGGGGAGAACUGUUCCAGCGAAGCUGUGUUUGAAGUCGUACACACACCACCACCUGCCCUGGUGAUCGAGGACAAGGAACGCACCUGCGACUCCUUACUCAUGUGCAUCGUCACGGUGCUGAGCCAUGGCCUGCGGAGCGGUGGCGGCGUUGGCGACGUCCUGCGCAAGCCGUCUAAGGAGGAGCCUUUGUUUGCUGCCAGGGUGAUAUAUGACCUACUCUUCUUCUUCAUGGUCAUCAUCAUUGUUCUCAACCUGAUUUUUGGAGUCAUCAUUGACACCUUUGCUGACCUUAGGAGUGAGAAACAGAAGAAAGAGGAGGUCCUCAAAACCACCUGCUUCAUUUGUGGCCUGGAGCGUGACAAAUUUGAUAACAAGACAGUGACGUUUGAGGAGCACAUCAAGGUGGAGCACAACAUGUGGCACUACCUGUUUUUCAUCGUGCUGGUGAAGGUGAAGGACUCUACUGAGUACACAGGACCUGAGAGCUACGUUGCAGAGAUGAUCGGGGAACACAACCUGGACUGGUUCCCUCGGAUGCGUGCAAUGUCCCUGGUGAGCAGUGAUGCUGAGGGUGAGCAGAAUGAGAUCCGCAGCCUUCAAGAGAAGUUGGAGUCCACCAUGAAGCUGGUGUCCAACCUGUCCGGCCAGCUCACUGAGCUCAAGGAGCAGAUGACCGAGCAGAGAAAGCAGAAGCAGCGCAUUGGGCUCCUGGCGCACCCCCCUCACAUGAAUGUGAAUCCGCAGCAGCCGGCGUGAAUAAUACAGCGGAGGGGGCACCGAUGGAUAAAAGGGCCGCGCCAGCGCUUGCUUUUACAUUCGCGCAGGACCAGGAGCCCGGGGGGAAGCAUCGUGUCACGUAGGAGUGGCGCGUCUGAGCCCCGGAGCUGCUGCAGUGUGUAGCGUACUUUGCUGUAAAAUGCCCAUAAAAAAAGCCCAUACCGCCAGUCCGUGUAACGUGGUAGGCCAUAUGUCCGUAGCUACACAGAAUUCCUCGCCCACAGCUCUGGCCCUAGCCUUCCGCCUUCCUCUGUUUGGGGUUGGUGCCAAAUGUUUUCGAUACAAAUGAAUGUGAAUUUUUAUCUCAUGGCCUUUACUGGGUGAACUUGAAACGCAGCAACAGUGUUGUAGUGGACUGCUAGGAAACAAGACGUGUGGAACAUGUUGUGGCGAGAUGUGCAAGUGAAUGAGAUCUGUUUUUUUUUUCUUUUUUAUUUUUUAUUUACAACUAGUAGAGCAAGCAGUAUUUAGCAUCUUAUUUUUGUAUGAUGUGCAAUAUGAAUACUUUAAUAUGCAAUGAUUAUGAUAUGUUUGAUAUGUAAAUUGUGUCUUAAAGGGAUGGAGUCAAUUUCCAAAAGAUGGUCAUGUAUUUCUCUUGCUUUGAAGAAAAAAAUUUAACUAUCUCGGUAGACAUUUUAAAUAGGAGUUCUGAUUGCACUUAGUGUAGAAAUUGGACCAAUAAUAAUGCAUGUAUGAGCCUUUCAUGUUUUAUUUAUUUUAUUCAAAAUAAAUUUAAAUUAUUCACAAAAUGCUUAAUAUAAACUGUUGUCAGGCAUACGUAUAGGUUUUAUAUAUAUAUAAAGAUACUGUAUAAAUGUCUCACAGAUGUUUGCGUCACUCAUAGUCAUGUAUUAGAUGUCUUCUAACCUUUAUAUUCCUAUAUAUUACUGGGAAAUAUUGUUCUAGGACUGUAGCUUUCAGGGUAAUCUGAUAAUUACUGUAUUAGUUCAGAAACGGUGAGGCUGUUACGAUUGUUCACUGAAAGUUAUUCUCAAUUGCAGGCUCUUAAUAUGCACUGUUUAUUAUCGGCAUCCAUCACUUUACAGCACUUUUCUCUUGUGGUUCACACCUGUUGUUUGUGCCUGUAGUUUCCUCUAUUUCCCCCCCUUUCGGAGGUAAGUGCAGACCUACCACCUGUGGAAAACUGCUACUUUUCCUCCCGUUUUUCCAGUAGAUUUGCUCAUUUAACUCAGAACACUGACUUUGUAUAGGGAGCCCCUCCAUUCCCAGAAAGAUGUUAUAGGAUUUAAAAGCAGUAUUAGUGAACAUAAACUGUACGAGUAUGAAAUUUGAGUACUGUCUAAUUAUAAAAUUACUUAAAGCUGUUUAAUAAAACAUUUGACUCAUUUGCCUUCACGUAUUGCCAUGGUUUCUGUUAUUUUGUGUUGUGGUAGCCUACGGUACCGUCAGCUUGCUGUCAAGAAAUUAAUGGAGCGCCGUGCGAAAUGAAGUCAUGAUCUCAUCCCUGCUUUCUACACACUUGACAAUCAACAGUAUUGGAAGGGGGAUUCUGUCCUGAACCCAAACUAAUUACCCGAACCCUCAAUGAUUUCAUUUCCACAGUCUCCCACUCCUCACCACCCCCACGACUCUGAGAAAAAUAUAAAGCUACAUGUGACUCACUCUCCCUGCCUAAUUUCUGUGUUCCUCAAGAGUGCGGUGAUCAUGUAGGUCAGUGAGCAUUUUAUUUAGAGACUAAUUGCUCCACUUCUUCCUCACAUUCUAAUUGGUUCCUCUUUAAUGUGAUGGCGUUAAAUCUAAUCACACCUUAAUCUAGGGAAUCUUUUUCACCUGUACCUUUACAUCAUCGUAAAAUGCUGAAUGGGGUGGGAUUUCGCACUGAGUUGUAUGUUUUUCUACUUCUCUUAUGUAGUCGCUUGUUUACAUUUAUUCAUUUAGCUAAUGCUUUUCUCCAAAUCAGCUUACAACGUUAAGUUACCUGCAACUAUGUACCCCUUCAUAUAGCUAGGUAAUUUUUACUAGAGCAAUUUUAGGGUAAGUACCUUGCUGAAGGGUACUGCAGCCAGAUGCAGGAUUCAAAUCUCUAAACUUUGGGUCCAAAGGCAGCUCUAAGCACUAAACGACCAGCUACCCUUGUCUGAUUUAUUCACGUAUUCUUAACGUCGAACAAACCACUGAGAGGAUAAUUAAGCCUCUAAUCCAAGGAAGAAUAAUGCACUUCAUAUACUUUAAAAUUUAUGCCAUGUGGUUUUGAUGACUUGUU